UGUCCAUUCACUCUACAAGCAACUCAUCGCAAAUCCAGUCUGCUCUCUCAUAAUGGUGUAUGAUACUUGGAGAAUGAGGGCUGUGUCUUCCAUGCUGUUUCUGAUGUUGUGCUGUGCUCUGCAACAUACCUCGGCUGGUCCUGUUGCAAUUGAAACGGCACAAAGAAACUGCUGCUCAAAGGCAGCCACAUUCAUUAUACCUCUGACACAGCUGGUGUCUUAUUACUGGACAAGUAGCAGUUGCCCCACCAGACACAUUGUGUUCAUAACUAAAUCUAGGAAAGUCUGUGUGAACCCUGAUAAAGAUUGGGUCAAGCGGGCCAUCAACAAACUGAACAGUGCUUCAAAAUCACCACAGUAA